AUGCCAAUGCCCCGAGGAGGCAGCGCAAGGUCGUCUCUAUAUGUGACACUCCAACUGCCCACCGGUCUACUUAUCAGUGCCAUUGCUAUCCAUGUAUCUGCAUGGAAGCCAAAUGGAGCAAAAGGUGUCCGCAAGGCGGAACCGCAACGACGUCGUCUGGAUAAGAAAGAACCCAAAGAACGGGAAUGCUCGAUCGACGAGGAAGAAGACGAGAUUGAAUUCCAGUGCAAAGCCAAAACAGAAAACGCAGACACUGAAAUUGAGGACAAGAUUGACUUUUCCGUCAAACGCACCAAUGCUCAAGCACUACGCGUCAAGGUGAAAUACGAACAGGAAAUCGAACAAGGCGAUACAGAAACAGAGACGGAAACCGAGUACGAGGUCACGUUCGACCGCCUUAUUGAGUACGAAAAGGCCAAUGGCGCCAAUACGGAAGCCUACGAAUGGGGCAGUGACACCAUUGUCCAAACUAUCGCCUUGGAUAGCUGGAGCGAUUUCAGUAACGUUGUUGAGAGCGAGGACGGCGUUGUGUCCACUUUUUCCGUAUCUUCGACCAACGGUCUUGCCAUCUUUAGCUUUCACAUUAGCCGGGCGGCCGAUGGAGCUGAGAUCUCCGCCAACAAAAUGAAGAUUGAUUUCGAGCUCAUCAACUUUCCUUGGAGUCAGGACAAUACAUAUGUGGCCUUGAUUAGCGACAUUGAGUCCCAGCGUGAAGUUGAGAUUGAGGUCGACGACGAUCCGGACACGCCGGAUUCCGAAUCUUCCCGGACGGCGACCGAUGUGUUCAUUAGUUUUCAGGACGCCACUAGCACGGUUGGCUUUGUUCCUUUCGGUGAAUACACCUGGGCCGAAACAGCAGAGGUGUUGAACGCAACCAGUAACGCCACUGACACCAACACAACCGUCACCCUCGACAGUCAGGAGAUUCAAGUCGUAGCGACUUCGUCCUCUGAUCCAACUUCCAACGAGAUUGCGUUCUCAUUCAUUGGCGACGCGGCUCGAUCAGCCGCCGACAUUUUCUGGGACCCCGAAGCCGGUAUUAGUUACUCCCAAUCAGCGUCGAUCCGAGCGGUGGCUUCGGCAACGUGUACCAUUGUAGCGGUCCUUUCGAGCAUGCUGCUGAUGGCAAUCUAGAAAGUGCCGAGAGCACGAGUGAGUUUGCACUAGCUCGUGCAUGUUCCUGGGUUUUGCUCCGCCUCUCACCACGUUUCAUCGAAAGUUUAAUAGUAACGAGGCCUCUGGAUCUUCUCAAUAUAGUUGCCGUUUUCUGUUGCCGGCGUAUACGUACGUUGGCCAUUUCCAUACACCCGUAUAAGCACAUAAUUUUUACUAUAAAACGUUCAAGUAGAUUACCU